AUGAAGCGACCUAAGGUCCUUGUCGCCAACCGAGGCGAGAUUGCUGGCCGUGUCAUCGCGGCAGCCCGAGAACUGGGUAUGCCCACGGUAGCUAUCUAUUCCGAGGCGGACCGUUUCUCGCGCUAUCGUCAAGAGGCAGAUGAGUCCUAUUUGGUAGGCGGCGAAGAUGGAAUCAGUCCCGUUCAAGCAUAUCUCGAUGCUACUCGGAUUAUCGACAUUGCCAUCAAGUGUCACGCGAGUCUGAUUCACCCGGGUUACGGAUUCCUGGCAGAGAAUGCCCAAUUCGCGGCCCAAGUACGAGCCGCUGGCCUUACAUUUGUCGGCCCUUCCACCGAGACGAUCGAGAAAAUGGGGGACAAAGUGACGGCACGGCAGGUUGCACAAGAUCUUGACAUUCCAACCAUUCCUGGCACCAACGGACCUCUUAAUAAUCUACAGGAAGCCUGUGAUUUCGUCGAUACGCACGGGUUUCCUGUCGUUGUCAAGGCGAGCUUUGGAGGCGGCGGGCGAGGCAUGAGAGUGGUGCAUGAGCGAGGAUCCCUGGAAGAAGCCGUUUCGGCGGCACGUUCCGAAGCUGGCGCUGCAUUUGGAAACGAUGCUAUCUUUAUGGAAAAGUUUCUAUAUCGACCAAAGCAUAUCGAGGUCCAAGUUCUCGGCGACCGAUACGGCAACCACGUCCAUAUCUUCGAGCGCGACUGCAGUGUUCAGCGCAAACACCAAAAGGUUGUCGAGUUUGCUCCGGCCGUGAACAUCUCGCAAGAAGUCCGACGGGGUGUCCUGGAUGCCGCGAAUGCGGGCACUGUCGAGUUCCUUGUCGAGGGAGAGAAGUUCUAUUUUAUCGAAAUGAACCCCCGAAUUCAAGUAGAACAUACUGUCACUGAAGAGGCAACCGGGAUCGACUUGGUCGGCGCCCAGUUGCGCAUUGCUUGCGGAGCCACACUCGAGGAGCUAGGGCUGGUUCAACAAAAGAUCCAACUGAGGGGGUUCGCAAUCCAAUGCCGCGUGACGACCGAGAAUCCUUCUCAAGGCUUCCGUCCAGAUGCCGGCACGAUUUCUCGAUGUCGUUUGCCCACGGGCAAGGGCGUGCGCCUCGACCACAGCGACUGUUUCAUAGGAGCCCGGAUAAGCCCCUAUUAUGAUUCGCUUCUAAUAAAAUGCAUCUUUUCGGGCCAUGAUCUGGCGUCUGCCAUCAGGACAGGGGUUCGAGCCCUCAAGGAGCUCCAGAUUUGCGGUAUCCAAACCAACCAGGCCUUCCUGAUCCGCCUCAUCAAGCAUCCUUCAUUUGCAGCAGGAAAUUGCUGGACUUCAUUCAUAGAUGAUACGCCGGAGUUGUUCCUCUCGGACGACUCCGUUGAUUCGGCGCAGGGUCUCAUGAGGUUCUUAGCUGAUGCGGCUGUUAACGGCAGCCGGAUUCAGGGGCAGACGAAGCCACCCGGGCUAAAACGAGACAUCGAGAUCGGAAGACUCAUGGAUCCAAAGUCCGGGCAGGAAGUCGACACAGCCGAGCCAUGCCGUCUCGGAUGGCGCAAUAUCCUACUUCAAGAGGGACCGCGUGAGUUCGCCAGACAGAUCAGGGCCCAUCGCCAAACCUUGAUUACAGAUACUACAUGGCGGGACGGACAGCAAUCCCUCCUGGCAACGAGGCGCCAACUUCGGAAACUCAUACCGAACAUUCCAUUUCAGAUGCUCCUAAGAAGCACGAAUGGCGUUGCGUAUGCGGCACUUCCAGAUAAUGCCCUCUUUCAUUUUGUUAAGCUGGCCAAGGAUACCGGAAUCGACAUCUUCCGAGUUUUUGACAGCCUCAACGACCUGGAAAACUUGAAAGCCGGCAUUGAAGCUGUUCACGCCGCCGGCGGAUUGGUCGAGGGGGCCAUCAUGUACACUGGCGAUAUGUUAGAACCUGGCACCAAGUACAAUUUGGAGUACUACAUGCGCAUCGUUGAUCAUCUGGUCGAGUGCGAUUCGCACGUCAUUGCCAUCAAGUCUAUGUCGGGCGUCAUGAAGCCUGCGGCGGGUAGAGCCCUGGUAAGAGCCGUUCGCGCCAAGUACCCUGAUAUUCCCAUACACAUGCAUACACACGAUACCAACGGCACCGGCACUGCAACUAUGCUCGCCUGCAUCGAGGAGGGGGCAGACAUCGUCGACACAGCAAUAGACAGUGUAUCCGGGUCCACAUCACAACCCGCAGUUAGCGCCAUCGUGGCCUCGCUACAGAGCACAGCGUUCGAAUCAGAUCUGCACCUGGAUCAAAUUGCAGUGAUCGAUUCAUACUGGGCACAGCUCCGGUUAAUGUACGCGGGAUUCGAUGCAGACUUACGGUCACCCGACCCAACCAUCUACCGACAUGAGAUUCCGGGAGGCCAAUACUCCAAUCUGAUUUUCCAAGCUCGCCAGAAUGGGCUAGGUGAUAAAUGGGCUGAGACGCUCAAGGCUUACGAGGAUGCGAACCAACUCCUCGGCGACAUUAUCAAAGCCACACCGACAUCGAAAGCCGUGGGAGACUUGGCGCAAUUCAUGGUUGAUCGCAAACUGUCGGCCACGGACGUACAAGACCGCGCCUCGAAGCUCGACUUCCCCCAAUCCGUCGUAGAAUACUUUGAGGGCCUGAUGGGUGAACCGUUUGAUGGAUUCCCAGAGCCUCUUCGCACCAACGUCCUGCGGGGUCGACAACAAGUGAAAAAAGAACGGCCCGGCCUGACAAUGACGCCGACGGACUUUGACGAAAUUAGACAGCUCAUCGCAUCCAGCUUCCCAGGAACACCCGUGACAGAUUGUGACAUAGCUAGCUACGUGAUGUACCCCGAUGUCUACAUGGACUUCCGCCGGACACGGCGUGACUUUGGCGACCUCACCUCGCUCCGCACUCCCGAUUUCCUAUCACCUCCGGAGAUCGGACAGGCAGUGGAAUUAAAGCUCGACGGAGGCCAGGAGGUAGUCGCUGAAAUGUUGGCGAUCCAACCGGCGGACCUGGCGACGGGCAAACGGGAUGUGUUGUUCCACGUCAACGGAGAAGUGUGCUUCGUGACUGUUCAGGACGACAAAGCGACGCCGAAAAGGAAGCUCCAGAAGGCAAACUCCCAAGUCGAGGGCGAAGUGGGCUCCCCGAUGGCCGGCCGCAUUGUUCGGAUAAUGGCCAAAGACGAGGAAAGGGUCGAGAUUGGCCAGACAUUGUUGACCGUGAGCGCAAUGAAGAUGGAGGUCAAUAUAAGUGCUCCCGUUAGGGGACUGAUCCAAUAUAUCUGUGUAUCUACUGGCGACUCCGUCGAGAGUUGCGAUUUGCUUGUCCGGAUUGUCCCCGAGGGAGCUAAUGGCGCCAUGUAA